UUGUACACAUAUAGAAAGUUAUGUGACUAGUGUUACAGAUUAUUCAUCCGGAGGCUGGGAAAUGGAAGUCUCUGAAAAAACAGCGCUGUCGUCAGAAGUUGUUCAAAGUUUGAGUGAAGAUAUAAACAAACUUCCCCUGUCUAAUACGACCUGCAUGGAUAUAAACGAUUGUAUGCAAACUAUUGUAAAAGCUGACUUUCAGAAACUCAAACUGGUAGACAAGAGCAAUGCUUCCAAAUCUAAUUCCGGUUUCAACCUUGCAGUCAAGUGCCUGAUGAAAUUCUCCCAUAGUAUUUUCACCGCUUUAAAAGUAGUGGGGAAGUCUCCUGGCCAAGCAGGAACUGUGUGUAAAGUUGCCACUUUUAUAGUCGGGUUAUUUUUUACAGAAGAUGUUUCUUCAGUUGUAGCCAAGAGUUUUGAAGAUACCUUGGAUGCAGAUCUAAGGGCUAAAUGCCGAGCAACAUGUGUAAAGAUAAGUCACUGUAUCAACUACAUGCAAGGAUUGCCAGACCCGGGAAAACUUCGGGAUGAAGAGAAAAAAAUGCACUUAUUGUUAAUGGCCACAGACGUCCCUGUUCAAACCGGACUAGAUGAAGUUUUAUACUUGGGUGAAAAAAUUAGGGAAAUGGUUGAAACAGCAACAGGAGAUAUGAGCAAAUUUGAUUGUUUGAUGAAUUAUGUUGAACUGUAUUGCUGUCUUGCAACAUUUCGAGAGUUAUUUCUCCUGUAUCGCUUUGCUUUCCAGUCGUUGUUUGAGGUGAAUGCAGAGUCUGUCAAAAAUGUUCUUGAGUCACAAAUUACUAAUGAUCAGUCUGUUUUGGAAUUCCUUUACAAGCCAACCAUUGAAACUGCAAAAUUAUACUAUAAUGUACAGAAAAGCGACUGGCCAUUAUCCAAAUCUUUUUGUGAGAGACGAGAAUUAGUUGUAGAAGAUUUAGCUUGUCUAAAUAAAGGGGUCUAUAAAAUCCAGUCUGUUCAAUCUAAAUAUACAUUACACACAAAGGGCAGCAGUAUGCUAAGACGCAAGCCAGUAUGUGGGGUAUUUUUGGAAUCAAGUCGUAGGAAGAGAAAUGUCUUCUCAAUUCAGUCUGAUUCACAAUACCUCGGUGGGUCCGAAUGCACAAAUUACGUAGGUUUGUCAGACAGAAAGAUUCACUGGUAUAUUUUAAAGGUACAUGGGAAUGCCUCUUCUGACGAACCGUGUUUCCUGAUAUGGUUAGAGUCAGAUAUUGACAAGUGCAUGUGUGAUAAUUCGUUUUCUUAUACAAUGAUGGGAACACUUUACCCAACAUCUCUGGCUACUUCAAAAGAGCUAGGUUCAAAUUUUUUCUGGACCCUUGAACCAAUCUAAACGUUUCCAUUUCCUCCAAAAAGCUGUCAAAAACAUUAAAAGUAUCAUGAUUUUAAUUGUUAAUUUUGUAAACAAAAUACAAGGUACAUGUAUAUGGUCUUUAUUUGUUUGCCUGUGUUCGGGUUUAUCGGUGUUUUUUAUUUUAAGUUUCAGUUAAUAAAAGACGCUGUCUUCUUGUAGCAGUGAGCACAAUGCCCACCUUUACAGUGCUGCCACAUUGGAAUAACACAUUACACAAUACCCUACCCAGUCACAUUAUACUAACACCGGGUAAACCAGUUCUAGAAUUAGCCUUUUAAUGCUGAGCCAGGCGAGGAAAAUGCUAGUUCCAUUUUGUACGUCUUUUGUAUGACAGCAGGGGAGCGAACCAAUUAUCUCCCACACUUGAAGCGUAGACUACCGAGGCAGUAACGUAGUUACAUUCAUGCUUAAAUGCUCUUUAAAUUUUUGAAAGUUCCUGUAAAAUUGCUAUUUUAAGGAUUUUUGUUGGAUGGAUUGGAAUGGCUUUGGUGGUAUGUUAUUAACAGAUAAUUUCUGAGUAUAUCUGUUGAUCACCCUUCAUGAGUCCUUUCAGUUGCUUAUUUACAUUUUUAAUUGCUAUCAUUAGGACAAAGUUUCAGAUAUUACUAUGUUACAUUCAUGUUUAUCUUUCAAUUUCUGACAUAUUUAAGUUUUCGAAUAUUUCUGUAAUAAUUCCUAUGGGCAAGAGUUUUGCAUUGUUAGAAUUUGUAUUAAUAAAUGAAUUACUAUACAUUUAUGUCUAUGAAAAAAAAAUUGAAGUCUAAGUUUAAAUGUUUUCAAAAAAAAAUCCCACCCAUAGAGAUAUUUGUUGAGGAAAGGUCUACUAGGUACUACUAUAAAUGUUCUGGACAUAACAACCUGACCAGACUUCUACAUUGUACCAGUCUCUUGAACAAGCAAAUGUGAUGAAUUGGUAUCCCCGCCGAAGGGAUUUGUGUUGAUGAAUGGCAAAGAAAUAUAUCCGGCAAAAAGUUUAGGAUGUUAAUAAGAAGCAAAUAAUUUCAUUACAUUUGAACUUAAAAGAACAGAAGUCCUUAAGAGAGCACAGUCAAGUAAGAAAUCUGGAACGUGAGUGGUGACGGUGGUGAGGGUUUACAACACACAUGUUGAUAAAUAUUCAUGGAAAGUUUGAAAAAUUAAUCAACAAUUCUUUCUUUUUCUGAGGAGGGGAGGGGGGAGGAAGAGGUGAUCGGGUAAGGGUACAAAACUUCACAUUUUGAUAAUAAAUAUUGAUAAAAAUAAAAAUGAAAGAAACAAUGUUGUGGGGGAGUGCAUGAUUGGGAUGGUGGGGUUGACUGGGUUGAGGAGCGAGGUGGGGAAAGGAUACAACUUUGCAUGUUUAUAAAUAUUCAUGGAAGACUUAAGAUUUGAAAAAAAUCUUUUUUUGUGAGGUGGGAGAGGGCGGGGGGGGGGUGUGACCAGGGUGGUGUGGGUGACUGGGUGUGGGUACACAACUUCACAUGUUGAUAAUAAAUGUUCAUGGGAAAAAAUGAAAGAAGUUUAAUGAAAUUUUACCAAAUGGUUAGUUUCUUAUGUACAAAUAUGUGGAUUUUUAAACAUUUAAAGGGCAAUAACUCUGAAGUUACUGAAGAGAUCCUAACGAAAUUGAGUGUGCACUACCACAUUAUGGUGGUCUAAAUUAAAGUAAAGUUUCAUAGUUCUAGGUCAAAUUUGUCACAAGUUAUGAAGCAGAAAUUGCCAAUAUUUAUAGUACCCUACAUAUUUUACACUAGACAUUUCUAAGGGCCAUAACUCUGCUGUUACUUGGGCAAUAUAACUGGAAUUUAAUAGGCCGCAUUUCCCUAUAGUGGUGAACAUGUGUUUGAAGUUUUAUUUAAAUAUUCCAAACCACUUCCUAGAUAUGGUUUCGGACGGACGGACGGACGAAAGAAAAGAAGGACGGACGGACGAACGACGCCAAAAUUAUUCCCCCACCUAUGGCGGGGGAUAAAAAAACAGAAGACAAAAUGUUGGUUGUGACUGCUUGCAAUAAUGGCAACUUGGAAAAUGUAUGUAAAGGGCUACCGACUGUAAAUUUCACUGCUAAACUAAAGGCAUUGAUAGGUAUUGUUUAAAAAGGUGUCUUAAUGAUAUAACUCCUUAUAUUAUGUUUUAUUCGUUUGUUUUGGAUUAAGCACAUUUUUCUUUCAACAGUAAUUCAGUUAUAUAAUGGUGAACACGUAUCCUGACCAGUGUUUCUGGAUUCUGUACUAGUACUAACCAGUUCUCCACAAAUAACUCCUACUUCCCCACAUGAAUCAGAGGUGGAAGACGAAGGAUUUCAGACACAGAGAUUUUUAUUAGUCUUAAUGAAGAACACAUUCCAUGAGGAUCGAACUUUUGACCCCUCGAUCCAUAGAUCUGUACUGUCAAUAUUGAGCUAAGUAGGUGGACACAGACUAGAAUUAUAAGUACAUAAAGGUUGCUGCCAGAGUAAAGUGUUUUGUGAAAAAGUAAACUUUUCCAUUUGUUUUAAUUUUUUGAUUUUAAUUGCUAGCAUUAGGACUAAAUUUCAGAAAUCAGUUAGUUACAUUCAUGCUUAUCUUUGAAUAUUUGGAAGUUCCUGUAAAAUUGCUAUUUUAAGGAUUUUUGUUAGGUGCAUUGGAAUGGCUUUGUUGGUGUGUAAUUACCUUUUAAAUAGAUGUGUGAUUCCCCACAUGCAUUUGUUUCAUAGAUAUUUUCUGUGCGUGUCUGUUGACCAUACUUCAUUAGUCCUUUCAGCUGCUUUUUAGAUUUUUAAUUGCUAGCAGUAAUACUAAGUUUCAGAUAUUAAUAAUUUUACAUUCAUGUUCAUCUUUAUGUUUUGAUGUUUUCUUCGAUUUGUUCCGUAAAAUCAUCCAAGUUAUGAAAUAAAUCUAAGAAUAAAGGGAUGAUAAAUAAUAAAUAAGGUCAUUACA